GCGGGGCCGGCAGCCGGAGGUGCGCGCGCAGCCCGGGCUGGGCACCGUGGGCCACGCCCACGGCCGCCGGGGUUAGGCGAGGUGGGGGGCGGGGCGCUCGCGAGAAUUAAGCCCCACCCCCGCGAGCUAUUGGCUGGGGCCGCCCCCACGCCGGUGAGUGACAAUCGCUCGCGCGGGCGGGGCGCAGCCACCGCUUCCGCCGGGCCAUGGGGCCGCGCGUGCUGCUGCCGCCGCCGCCGCCGCCGCCCCUGCUGCUGCUGCUGCUGCUGCGGGCGCUGCUGCUAUCGGCGCUGCUGUGCGGGGCCGAGGGGGCCGCGCCCCCGUCGCCGCGCCCGGUGCAGGCCACGCUGUCGCCACCGCCCGCCGUGACGAACGGGAGCCAGCCGGGCCCGCCGCACAACAGCACGCACUCGCGACCGCCGGACUCGCCGGGCUCGCCGCUGCUGCGCUCCUUCUACGUGCUCACGGGCCUCAGCGGCCUGGCCGCGCUCUACUUCCUCAUCCGGGCGCUCAGGUUGAAGAAGCCACAGCGGAAGAGGUACGGCCUUCUGGCCAACGCCGAGGACCCCACGGAGAUGGCUUCGCUGGACAGCGACGAGGAGGUCGUCUUUGAGACCAGGAAUCUGAGAUGGUGGGAACAGGCUGCAGCGCUUGGAUCGGUGGGCGCUUGCUCUUGGCCUUGGCCUGACCACGAAGGCCGCGAUCUUUGUCGGGUGGAGAAGGAACUCCAGGGUGCUGCCGACGGGGUGGGUCGGAAGAGGAUGGGGGGCCUGGACACACAGUUAGCAACAGUGCCUGAGCAGGAGUGAGGGCCUGUCCAACCCCCGUGUGUGGGGGGUGCAGGCUACAGACACAGAGGCCGAGAGACCAGGGCACGGUUCUGGUUUUCCAGGCCCCAGAGGGAGGUACUGGUGUGAUCUGGGAACUCCUCUGGGUGGGGGACCCCCCCCUCCCCCCUCCCCCCUCCCCCCAAUGGACAGGACAGCAGCACCCAACAGGCUGGAGGAGGCAGAUCUUGGUGGAGCAGAGUGGGGGGGCCAGACAGCUGAGGCCUCUGCUCAUCACUCGAGUGAAUCCCAGGCACGGUGGGGUCUCACCCGGUCCCCU